CCCUCUAAACAAAUUACUGCAUCAAUUGCUCUUCGGAUCAUUGCGAUGGCUGCUCUACCCCGUAUAUCGUCAGCUGUACGGAGUUCGGCGCUGCUGACGCCCUCAAACAAGCUCCGCAUAGCUUCGCGCGCCAUAAGAUGCACCUCAGUGUGUUCGCGCUCCAAAAUCUUCAGACCAGCUAUGCGAAUAGCCGGUCAGCGACGAGCUUUCUCGCACGCGACGCGAUUCCGUUCUGAAGCUGCAGAAGACUCUUUUGAUCCGAGCUGUGUUGAAAGAGAAGCCGACCAGGUCGACGUGUGCAUCGUUGGAGCCGGCCCCGCUGGCUUGAGUGCGGCUAUACGGUUGAAGCAGUUGGCAAAUGAAGCAGGCAAUGAGGACUUUCGCGUCCUCGUGCUAGAGAAGGCAGGCGAAAUUGGAGAUCACAUAGUUUCGGGCAACGUCAUGGAACCCUCGGCGUUGAACGAACUUUUGCCAGACUGGAAUUCUGAAGAGAACCCCAACCGAUUCGCAGACAUCACCCCGGCUAAGACAGACAAAAUGAAGUUCCUGACCAAGAGUAUGGCGAUACCGCUGCCUAAGCCACCGCAGAUGAACAAUCACGGCAACUACAUCAUUAGCUUAAAUCAGCUUGUGAAGUGGCUUGGCGAAAGAGCUGAGGAGCUAGGCGUGGAGGUAUAUCCAGGUUUUGCUGCUUCCGAGGUGCUUUACAACAACGAAGGCUCAGUCAUUGGAGUGGCGACGAAUGACUUGGGUAUAGGCAGAGAUGGAAAGCCAAAGGAAAACUUUGAGCGUGGAAUGGAGUUCCACGCGCGCGUUACUCUGCUCGCUGAAGGGUGCCACGGCAGUCUGAGCAAACAAGUCAUCAAAAAGUUCAAUCUACGUCGAGAUAGUCAACACCAGACGUACGGCCUCGGAAUCAAGGAAGUUUGGGAAAUUCAACCGGAGAAAUUUAACUCAGGUCUCGUUGUCCACUCGAUGGGCUACCCGUUGUCUUAUGACACCUACGGCGGUGGCUGGAUGUAUCAUUUCGGCGACAAUUUAGUCAGCAUAGGUCUUGUGGUCGGCCUUGACUACCAGAACCCGUGGCUUGCGCCAUAUCAGGAGUUUCAGAAGAUGAAGCAACAUCCAUACUACAAGCAAUUCCUCGAGGGUGGCAAGUGCAUUUCAUAUGGAGCAAGAACGCUCAUAGAGGGCGGUUUCCAAUCGAUACCUAAGUGCGCGUUUCCAGGCGGUGCAUUGAUUGGCGACACAGCUGGGUUCGUCAAUUUGCCAAAGAUCAAGGGAACGCAUAAUGCUAUGCGAUCAGGCAUGCUCGCAGCUCAGGCGGCAUACAAAGCCUUGAAGGACUCGGAGGAGGGCUCUGUGUUCCUGUACGACUAUGAAGACAUGCUACGCGAAUCCAGCAUUUGGAAGGAACUGAAGCAAGUUCGUAACAUUCGGCCUUCCUUUCACACACCUCUAGGCUUGUACGGCGGCAUCCUAUACUCAGGCGUGGACACGCUUAUUCUCCGUGGCAAGGCACCUUGGACGUUCAAGCACGGGAAGCCCGAUCAUGCUGCCACCAAAAGCGCGGACGAGUGCAAGAGAAUUGAGUAUCCAAAGCCAGAUGGGAAGAUAAGCUUUGACAUCUUAACCUCAGUGAGUAGAACGGGCACGAAUCACGAGGAGGACCAACCUGUGCAUCUUCAAGUCAAGGACUGGACAAAACAUGCGCAGAUGGAAUGGCCAAAGUACAAGGGUGUUGAGAACAGAUUCUGUCCUGCUGGUGUGUAUGAGUAUGUGGAAGACGAGUCCAAAGAACUCGGCGUGAGGUUUCAGAUCAACUCGCAGAACUGCAUACAUUGCAAGACUUGCGACAUCAAGGAUCCUUCUCAGGAUAUAAACUGGUCAACCCCGCAAGGCGGUGAAGGUCCUAAGUACAUUAUGACUUAAACCCUGACUGGAAAUCUUAAAUAUCGUAUCUUCUUUGUGAUAAUAUAGCAGAGCCCCAAGGAAACAAACACAUACUUGUGUCCAGGUUUGUCCAGAGUUAGUCCUUCCCGUUGCUUUCUGAGGGUCAUGUCAUAAAGACAAAAGCCGCGAGGCGAGAACCAUUUUUUGAGGAUACGCAGGGGGAAAGUGCAUGGAAAAAGUACUUGCAGAUAGGCUCUGAGAAAGGAUGAUUGAAAUCUAAUACUGGUCCAUGGCUCGGGCAUCGUGUUUCUGUUCCACUUUUCUAGCAUUAUUUGGUCGUGAACAACGGUACAAGCCCACAGCAUUUCAGCAAACUAUACUCAUUAACAAUGCAAUGAGCAUGUGCG